AUGACGCGUUGGGAAAUUUUUCCAAUCAGCGAACAAGAGCAAGCGUAUCUAGCGUCUACAACAACCACAACUACCGUUAAUGUUGCCUCAGCUGCUCAAAAUUUGAUCCGACACAGUCUAGGAGGAUUUAUUCGUCAAGAAGUUUCCGAAACAGGUCAAACAAUUUGCUUCUACCGAUAUAACAGCGUCGACACAGCUAUUCCAUACCUUUGCGAGCUCGGGUGUUGCGGGCAUGGUUGUUGCACUAUUUCCGAUUUAGCUGCACGGAGCACUUCGUUUGGCUGGGCGAUAGCACUUCUGGUUAUGGUUCUCAUAACAAUUGUAUUUGCCGUUUUAGCAUUGGUAACCGUCUGGCUUAUGAACAGGCACAAAGACAAGAUUCAUAAGCAGCAUCUCGCAGAGAGCACCAUCGAAAGCCCAUCAGUCAGUCAGAUAAGCGGACCAACCUCAUUCUAUCCGGAUGUUCAAUUCAAUCAUUUAAGUGGCUUCAAGUCAUACUAA